AUCAGUAAAAAAUAAGUUAUGACAUUAAAUGUUUCUAAUAAUUAUAGUAAAUUUCUAAUACAAAAUUUUUGGUUUAAAAUUGAAAUAAAAACUAAAUUUACCUUAAUGAAGUGUUACAAAUUUAUAAAGGAAAGUAAAAACUUAAGAACGAUUACAUUGUUCCUGGCUAAUUUUAAGUUUAUUUAAAUAAAUACCUAUACACACGUAACUGAAAGUAAGGAAUUCUAGCAUAGGUUUUAAAAUUAUGGUGGGAACAUCAAUUCUUUUCAAGGAACAGAAAAUAGACUUCAAAUACAAGUUUUUAACUUUAGAAGGACAAAAAAAUACUCAUUGAGAAUGAUGCCAACUUAUUUAAUUUUGAUAGUGUUAUUAGUUUAUUCAGGAUCGCUUGAAGGAGCAUCAAAAAGGUUUUUUACUGACUUUUUACAAGAACUUCCUACACCAGGUACUAGUGGACCGUCAUUUGAUACUAGUGUUCCAUCAAACAUUACUGGUUUAGUUGGAAAAACUGUUAAAUUGGUUUGUCGUGUAAAGAAUUUGGGAAACAGAACGGUAUCGUGGGUUCGUCAUAGAGAUAUACAUUUAUUAACGGUCGGCCGCUACACCUACACUUCAGACCAAAGAUUUGAAGCAAUGCACUCUCCGCAUGCUGAAGAUUGGACACUCAGAAUAAGAUAUGCACAAAGAAAAGAUUCAGGAAUGUAUGAAUGCCAGAUAUCUACAACUCCACCUAUAGGACAUUCUGUUUAUUUAAGUGUUGUAGAACCUAUCACAAAUAUAGUUGGUGCACCUGAGCUUCAUAUUAAUAAAGGUUCAACAAUUAAUUUAACUUGUGUAGUCCGAUAUGCUCCGGAACCUCCCCCAUCUAUUGUAUGGUCGCAUGAUAGUCAGAUUAUAAAUUUUGAUUCACCCAGAGGCGGUAUAUCGUUAGUAACAGAAAAGGGUACUUUAACAACAAGUCGUCUAUUAGUUCAAAAAGCUGUACAAGCAGAUUCUGGAAGAUACACUUGUGCUCCUUCAAAUGCGAAUCCAGCAACUGUAAGAGUUCACAUUGUUGAUGGAGAACAUCCGGCUGCUAUGCACCAUGGAGCUUCAUCUCGUUGUCUUAUUCCAGUAUCAACCGGUUUUCUUUUUAAAGUUGGAUUUUUCAUGCAUAUUUUACAAAAAAUGAUGUUGAAAAUAUCACAAUGUUUUAGGAAUAAUUUUUUAACUUAGUUAACUAGUUAAUUAAUUUUAUAUUAAAUUAUUAUGAGUAUAAAUUUCAAAAUUAUAUUUUGUAUUCUGUAUAUAAUUUAAAUUUCUGCAAUCUAAAGCAAAUGGAGUAUUGAUUAGAGCAAUUAGCAUACCAAUUAAGGUAUACAUAUUAUGUUGUGAUUAGAAAUAUACAAUAUAUUUUGGACAUGUACAUAUGCAUGCUUAUACGCCUAUUUAUGUGCAAUGUCAUUGUUUUUGUGUUAUUAGCACGCCCGUUAUCUUUGGAUUAUUUGAUUUUAUUUAAUUGUAGAGUACCAAACAAUUGCCGAACUAUAUUACGAAUGUUAAAAUUUCACUUCAUGUCAAUUUCGAGUAGUUAAUCAUGAAAUUGAAGAACUUUUUCUCAACUAUAACAUACAAUAUGAAUUGUGUGAGAAAUAAAAGCAAAAUGAAUUAAAAAUAAAAUUAAAUCUUAAGUUAUAUGUAUUCAAAUUUAGUUUAGUUUUACACUGUAAAAGAUUGUGAAAUAUUUUGCAUUUUAUGAUUCCCGAUCCAGUUACAUAAGCACUAUUCCUACGCUCAUAACAAAUCUAACUAUUGAAGUCGUGAGACUUCCGAAGGCGUCACAAAGCCCUGUCGAAAGCAUUUGAGCCGCAGCCUCACACUCAAAUAGUAGAUGCUCAGCUGGCUCGCACUUUUCCAAGUGUAAACGACACAGCUCACUCUCCACCUUGCCAAUCCUUUUCAGAUAAACCAUGAUGAGACAACAUCCAGAGAGUACCUCAAGCACGAACAUCAAUUCUAUACGACUUAACGAGAUCAGCUCUCUCCAUACCUUGUCUGGGGGCCCCAUAAAGUUUUUGAAUUCAUCAAUUCAUGGCCAGCGACUUCGACUUCUCUGUAGCACCGAUAUUAUCAUCUAACAUCCUCUCCAUUAAUUUGAGAAGGACGAAGACAAACUUACUGACCUGUGUAAUUUGUAAAGCCGUUGACCGGCACUCCUUGGGCGAAAAGCAUGGCGGAAAAAAAUACCAUCAACGCCGAAAAACUUGUGAAAAUUGCAGAACGAGCCCAAAAAAUAUUCUUCUGAUCAAAGAGUUUUCCGAAGAGACCCCAUAUCCUAAUUCUCACUACGCAGUUCCUCCUUGAAUGGCCGUCAGUAUUUCGAUUUGAUCCUGACCCUAACAGCUUGCAAUCGGGAAAGUGCUUCAGAGAAACAAUAUUGCAUUAACAGCCUUGCAACUAUCGGAACCACCUGCACCACGCAGAAGGCUCGCCCAGUUUUUGUGUUAGACCUCCGAACUUCUCCUUUAUAUUUUGUUCUCUUGGCAUCAUUGAAAAAUUUCUUUUAACUUUUCUUCAUUUCGACAAGCUCGGCAUCGUUCCGAUCGAUACGAGAUAUGCUUCCUCUCCCUGUCUCCCAUCUCUCUCCCCGCUGCCUCCACUCAACCCGAUAUAUUAAAAACAAUGUGCAAGUGAUCAAACAGGGAUUUUUUUAAGGCACAUGUCAUUUUUUUAUUUGGAAGGUCACGAAUGAACUACAUAAGAUAAGAUCUAAGAUCUUCCUGCAUACUGCAUUUAUAAAGAUGAGUUCGUUAUUUCUAUUAACUAUAUCUAAGUUAUUUUGCAAUAAGAAUCCAAAUAGGUACUCACCUCUUAAAUUUGUAUUAUCACAGCCCAUUAUAAGCCCUUUACUUUUCCUCCGGCAGUAAUCCAUAACGUUCUGUACGCCCUCUCUAUGUCCCCUGUUCUGCUUUCCGAUAAAGUAUCCAGAAGCACAAAUUAGAAUCCGACUUUCACCAGUUUGUCGUACCACGGUCUUCACUGUCAUCAAGUUAACUCCAGAGUUAGAAGAAAUUUAUUAAGCAGUUUUAAUUAUAAAUUAAAACAGAGUUAAAUAGCUUUAUUAAAUCUCCUCGCUGCUUCUAUCCAUCCAUCCGAAACAUUAAUCGCAGGAGUCUUUUCGGUUGGUGUUUCCACCCAGCAUUCACCGCUACUGAAUCAGUUUCCAGGGAACCCUCCCAAGUAACAAUUUCCAAGAGUAAUACCCUAAAAAAUUUAAACAAUUUACAAAAAAUCUCAUAAAACUUUCAUACAACACUCGAAUACUCUCAUAAUUUUUUUUUCUGUUUUUUGUUUUUAUGCAACUCUCGUAAGGUUCUUACAAUAAAGACUUAGCACUUGUAGUGUUAAAAAUUCUGCAACUCUCAUAGCAGAACUUCUUUCACGAAGCCAUAAAAAAUUUUAAUUCUCAUAAAGUAUUUUUUAAAAGAUAUCAACUGUUAUAGAAUUUUGUUCUUAAAAGAAUUGUUUUAAAAGUAUAGUUGUUAGGCAUGGCCAUUUUAGUAUUGUAAUUUUUCCUUAUCUAAAUUUUAACCCUAACAAGAUUUAGAAAUAAAAUAUUAAAGAGUUAAAAAAUAUGUAUAAAAAUUUUUAAAUGUUUAAUUAUUUUUAGUUGGCGUUGCUUUUUUUCGAAGCACAAUAUCAAUUUUAUCAAUAAAAUUUUAAUGCCAGCAGCUUUUUGAUUUAUAAUCAUGACAAAAAAUUAUUUUAAUUUCCCAUAUUUAUAAUUUUAUAAUAUUAAAUUUUUGAAUACAAAUAUUUAUUGAUUACAUAUCAUAGACGUAAACACAUGUAUAUUUUGUUUCAUUUUUGUUAAAAAAAUAAUUAUUAAAAGAGGAAUACAUAUAUAUGUAUUUUUUCGAAGUUAAAGUUCGAAGUAAGACCGAUAUAUUUAUUCUACAAUAUAUUGCUUUCUCUUUCUAGUAACACUAUUAUAAAUGGCUUGUGAGAGUUUUCGUAACUCUCGUACUAGUUUUGGUAUGAGAGUUAUAUGUUUUAAAAACUCUUUAAAUGGAAGCUCUCUUUGCAAGAAUUAAUAACUCUUGUGCUCUUUUCUUCCACUGGGGUCUUUUAGUGUUCUACAAGACUGAAAUUAUAAAUAUAAUAUUUUUUAAGAAUUCUCAAUACAGCUCUACAAGGGUCUUAUGAGAUAAACAUUGUUAGUUGGGCAUGCCACUGUCCAACUUCCGGUCUUCCUACUUCCUUUGCUGGCAGAGUUGCACCCGACAAAUGCAAUAACUGAUGACAUUGUUCAACUCAGGCAUUUUCAUAUUCAUAUUCGGCAAACAGAUAUCGACCGAGAUUGUUAAGUCCGAACGCUUCCUUUCCAAUGACUUGCCUUUAAUCAGUUCUUAGUCCUGAAAUAUCUUUGAAACUCGGAAGUCCAAAGGCUUUCACCCUGUUUCCGACCUAUUACGUACUGCGGCCAACUGGUCCCUCAUCAAGCCACCGGUUUUCGCUGCCUUGUUGUCUGGUUUUGUAUGGCUGUGGAUUUUGACUACCAUUUUGGGUGUUCUACUGUGCCAUGAUAUUGAUGUCUGGGUGGUUCGGUGUUCUGGUUCAACCUCCAAUUUGGAUUUUUUUAGAUCUUUUUGCAGUUUUUCGCUGAACUGUUGCAUCUGCUCCUUUUUUAGACUUGAAAAGGGCGAAUCAACUUUGCCUCAUAUAUAGUUACCCCUUAGUCCACCAAUCGCUUAAACUUGUACCACUAAUCUUCACCUUUCCAAAGGUAUCUAAAUCCUUUCCGGCAAUGGUGGUUCAUCAGCGCGAUACUCUCGCUUUUCGUCGGAGAGUAAUGAUAUCUGGGAACAUUUGUCGUUUCUCAGGUCCUCAUAGUUCAUAUUCGCUUAUUUAGCUUGGUAAGCCCAUAACUGUCGAUGUGCUGGCUGUAUAGUUGAUCACAAACGUCACAGGCACCGAAGCCAUACUCAUCGAAAUCACUGGCUCGCUGGAAACUGAAAAUGUUACUUAUGGCGCAAUACUGGUUCGUAGCACUGCAGUCGACUUCUCUCGAAGGUACGCCUCAUAUUUCACUCACCUUUUAUUUGUAAAUAAGGUUUUUGAGAUAAUUUUGAGGUCACGUUUGCAGCUUUCUCCCGUUAUUUUUCGAAUUUUUAAUUUAACGUGCAAUCUAUUUUAUUUCCUUACUUAUAAGUAUACCCAAUGGAAUAAGAUUUGGGAAUUGGAAAAUGUUAUUUUCAUAAAUUAACCCGAUUUAUAUUUUUCCUCUGACAAUCAAAUCAAUAAAUUACUUAUUUCAAAAAAUUGUAAGAAAAAAGUUACAUUGUAUAAGACUUAUAUACUAAUUUGAACCUAAACUUAAAUUUAUACUGUAAAAUAAUUGUUUUUUCAAAUUGUAGCUUUUUAGAAUAGGUUAGAAUAAAAAUAUUAAUUAUUUUGAAAUUUCGUUGCUUCUUCAAGGUAAAAACAUAAUAUUUUAUUUUUAAUAAUAUAAUAAAGCAUUCAUAUUUUAUGAUAUGAAUCAUCAGAAUUACAAUUAUUAAUUAUUACUUGUAUAAUGCAUAGUAGAAUAAAUUCGUAUAUGCUUAUACACACAGAUAAUACUUUCAAAUAGCUGUAUACAUUCAAUCGUACAAAUACAUGAGUAAAAGCGUCUCAUAAAAAAAGAAACAUGACACGCCAAAAUUAAAAAUAUUCCAAAAUACACGUGUACACAUAAUAAUUUAUAUUGUCUAAUAAUACAUAUUCAUGAUGAACACUCAUGCGUACACAUAUAAUUAUCUCAUGCAGCAAAAUUUUCAUUUUGCUGAGAUUUCCCCCUAUCAACACUCGCUCUUACACAUUUGAUUAUACCACAAAGGAAAAUUUGUAUUACGCUGAGUUUGCGCUCUGCCAGCACUCGUUCAUACACAUUAUAUUUAAAUUGUUUUAUAUAUACCAAAUUUUAUUUUUACUGAGCUCUCGCCCACUUACCAAACAAACAAACACAUUAUUCUAAUAUAUUACUUUUUCUAAUACUAUUGCAGUAGUAAGAAACAAGACAAAAAAAACAAAACGUAGAAUGGGAAUAAAAAGAAAAUAGAAAAAGAGAAUGAGAGCAAUAUUCUUAAAUAAUGGAACACAUAGCUUGAUGUUGGGAUUAUGUAUACCAAUAUCUUUUUACCGAACGAAUUGUGAAUACAAUAAGUAAGCUAUAUGAUGGCAACAAAUUUUGCAUAUCGAGUUUUCGGUGGAAACGCACUUCUUCAUAGUUGAGAAGUGUAAAUAAACUAUUUUUAGCAAUCCAUCUGUCAGUCGGAUUGUGUGGACACGUGUGUAUCUCAAGUUCGGCAGAACCGAAUUUUGAUGGAAUUUUAUAUGUUAGCUUAUUUCGACUAUUGCAGAGAUCGAUCAACUUUUGGGAUAUAUUAUUAGGCCUCGGGAACUAAACUUUCUAGCGCGUCUGUUUUACAUUUUUGAUCACUAUCAAGAAAAUAUUCAACAGAUUUACUUGAAACUUCAUAUAUAAGCUUCACCCGACUGUCCGCGAAAACUCCUAACUUUUGGAAGAAAUCAAGCGCCAUCAUCUGGACGUUUAGUACAGGCCAAAUUUACAUUUUUGCGUAUAUAAAGAGAAAUAAUCAACCGAUUUAAUCAAAUUUCAAUUAAAAUGUAAUAUUUCAAUUCUUCGUAUUAAAACAAUGAACAUAUAUGUAGAUAUCUUUUGAAAACAUUUUUUUGAAAAGAUCAGGGCUCGGAAACUGAUCUGAGUGCCGAUUUUACAUCUUUUACCAUAUCUACGGAGAGCCUUGGUAGAAUUUCUUGACAUUUGAUAUUUGAGGUCCGGUUGUUACCAAAACUAACUGGCGAGCAUUUCAGUGAAUUUGGGUAGCACAAAGCGAAACUCUACUAAGAGCCAAAUUUACAUUUUUCUAGGUAUGUUAACUAUAAGCUUACUAAUGCCCCAAAAAUUGGAAAAAAGUAUUUAACAGGCAUUUUUAUAAUAUUCUGUAAUACUUUCACUUAACUAGACAAUACACAUUGCGGUUGGUUAUGUACUGACCACUUCAGAUUUCUUUUUUUUUGAUAACAAAAAAUUUUGAAUGAAUUGCAAAAUUUCAUGAUUAUCUAUUGUAAUUUCUACUACUAUGUUUUGCUUUCGCUUUUAAAUAACUGUUAUCAAUUAAUUAAAAGUACAGAAUUAAAUAAAAAUUGGUAAUAUCUACUACUUUUUUAUAUUGAUUUGUAAAAAAUGUUGUUUAAUAAUCAAGUGAAUGUUAAGAAUGCUUUUUGUACAUUGUUCAAAAUAUUAAAAGAGGCGGAACGGCGGAAAAUAUGAAGGGCCGCAAUUUUUGGAAACUAAUUAAGCUUUUAAGAGUCAGGUGUAAUUUUGUAAUACAAAAUAAUUUAAUCUUCAAAUAUAUUAUAAAAAUAAUAUAAAAACAAGAAUUAUAACAGAAACAAUAAAACAAAAUCUGAUGUGAUCAGCACAUAACUGACAGCAAUGUGUAUUGUCUAGAUUAGUAAAAGGGUUAAAGAAUAUUAUAAAAAUGUGUAUAAAAUACUUCCUUCCAAUUUUUAGGACAUUAGUAAGCUCUUAGUUAACAUACCUAAAAACAAGUAAAUUUUGUUCUUAGUAUAGUUUCGCUUUGUACUUUCCGAAUUUCCUGAAAUGCUCGUCAGAUAGUUUGGGUAAGAACUAGAACUCAAAUAUCAAAUUACAAGAAAUUCCAACAAUUUCUUCCGUAGAUACGGUGAAAAAUGUAAAAUCGGCCCGCGAAUCAGUUUUCGAGCCCUGAUUUUUCCAAAAAAUUUAUAUGAUCAUUUUUUUCACACCUCGAAUUUAAAUAUUAUUAAAUUUCGAUGAAAUCAGUUGAUUAUUUCUUUUUAUAUACGCAAAAAUGUAUAUUUCGCUGACAGCUGACUUCUUCCAAAAGUUGGGAGUUUUCGCAGACAUGAUCAUCCGAUUUCAUUGAAAUUUAAUAGGUAAAUUCUUCGUAUUAAAACCAUGAACAAUAAAAUUUUUUGGAAAGAUCAAGGGUCGAAAACUGAUCUGAGGACCGAUUUUACAUUUUUUUCCCAUAUUUACGGAGCGAAUUGAUGGAAUUUCUUGGAAUUUGAUAUUUGAAUUCUAGCUGUUACCGAAACUAACUGACGAGCAUUUCAGUGAAUUUGGGUAGCACAAUGCGAAACUGUACUAAGAGCUAAAUUUACAUUUUUCUAGGAAUGGUAACUAUAAGUUUACUGAUGCCCUAACAAUUGAAACAAAUAUUUAACAGGCAUUUCUAUAAUAUUCUGUAGCAGUAUCACAUAGCUAGAUAAUACACAUUGCGGUCGGUCUAUGCUGGCCACAUCAGGUAUUUUUAAUUGUUUUAAUUUUUUAAUAUUCUUCUAAUUUAGUCGUUUGUAGCAAAAAAAAAACCCAAGAUAUGAUCUCCACUAUUGUGUGUGUAAAAUUUAUUCAUAGUUGGCAUUAAUUUAAAAAACGUGGGGGAUAAGACCGACAAUAUCAGCUUUUGCCAGUAUGAGAAGUAUAUUACGACAGCCUCACUUUAUAGCUAAUUUUCACAUAAAUGUAUUGAAAAAAUUUGUGAAAAUUUGGUGUCGAUUGCAUUAUUCGUUUUUGAGUUAUCGUGCGAACAGACGUUGGAUGGACAGAAAUGUCUAAAUGUCGACACAGAAUUUUAGGCUGAGCAAGAAUAUUAUAUGUAUGUAUGUCCAUACCGGAGACGACUCCUUCAAGUGGUUACAAACUCCACACUAAAGUGAAAAUUCGUGAAGGGUAUAAAAAGUCUGUUGUCUCAUCAUAAGUUACGACGCUAUAAGCUAUUAGUAAAUUUGUAAAGACGAAAUGUAUGCUACAAUUUUGCUUUACACUUAUAGUAUAAAAAUUUAAAAUUUGUUUGUUGUAUAUGUAAACAUAAAAUGUCGGUAUAAGCAGUGCUCGAAGUGAGGCGGGAUGGAGUGGGAUGCCAUCCCAGUACUUUUAAAUAAUUGGAAGUCCAUCCUACUACUUAAUAGGAGAGAAAAAUUCGUUCCGAAACAUGUUUUUUAAAAUUUAAGAAAAUUUUCUAAUGAAUUUUAAAAUUUCUUUAACAAAAAAUUAAAUAUAUGUAAUUUUAAAUAAGACCAAUUUCAAAUAGUAAAGUAUAAUAUUUUUUUCUAUUAAUGAAAUUUCCGUUACUACUUAGUAGUCUAUGCAUUUCUUUGGUAACAAUUUGCACACUUUUUUAUUCAAUUUUUAGUUGAUUUAAUUUUGAAUAUAAAAUAUUUUCGUUAGUUUACUUCCAAAGUUUGGUAAAUUUUGUUUAGUUGUUUUUUUAAAAAAUAACUAAAGUAAUACUUCUUUUUUUUUUUAUUUUUUUUUUUUACCAUCCCACCACUUUGAGUAUCCUACUUCGACCACUGGGUAUAAAUAAGUAUUGCUAACAAAUCUUUUAUAUCAUAUAACCUACAAUACAUAAAUAAUAAUAUGUAGUUACUUGGUGUAGCAAUUUUGCUGUCAAUACGAUAUACAUAUAUGUACACAUAUGUAUAUAUAUUUAUUAUAUUUAAAUUUAUAUAAAAGAUAUAUGUAUUUACAAAAGUUGCAUGUAUUUUUUUUGUGGAAAUAUUCUAUUAUAAAUAAUAUUAAUUCAUACAGGCAUAUUCAUAGGUGUAUAGCAUGCAUAUAUGUUUCUCUUUCAAAAAGUAAUUGCUCUUCGCAGCGUGUUGAUUAAUGAAAUGUUGAAAUUGAAAAAAGAGAUUGGCUACAAAAAAUUUUUUACUUGAAAAAAAGAAGAAAACAGAAAUGCUGUAGAAAUUUUUAUAUUUAAUUAUUCAUCCAAAGUAGUUUUGAUUGGUAAAUGCCAUGAUAAAAAUUAAUAAAUAAGUAAAUUUAAACUCGAUACCAAAUUAUAAAAUAAAAUACAUAUAGUAAAAAUUUCAGAUAUGCGUCAAAAAUUAUUGUAUGAAAUUCGGGAAACGAAUAAAAUGUUAAAAAUUAUUUUAAGAAAUUAUCUUGGAUUUUGAUUUUCUAUACAUAUUAACAGCUUUAAACCUUGUAGGCCAGACUUAAACCCUGCAGUGUCGCGUAAAACAUAUAUGAAUCAAUCCAUAAAAUUUCUUUUUAUGUUUUGUAAUUAGGCAUUUUAUGCUAUUUGAAAUGGAAAAUAAUUCGUCGCCUGUAAAUAAUUUGAUUUACGAAAAAUUCCAUAGGUAUCCAAGGAUGAUCUUUCAGAGUAUGCAAUCCAUUUUUCAUUAUCUCUAUUUUUAUAGAUCCUUAGAUAAACUAUGCAUCUAUUUUUAUAGAUCCUUAGAUAAACAAGAUCCACAAAAUUAGUCAUCGUAUAGUAAUAUAUGUCGGAAAACCAUAUUUGCGCAGUACAAUAAGAAUUUGGCUUACAAUAAGAAUGUAGCCAAUCAAAGAAAAAAGUAGCCAAUCAAAAUCCAAUGGGACACAUUAUCAGGACCCGAAUUAUUAUCACUUAAUUGUUGUUAUUAUUUAUUUAGUUAUUUAUUUUCAUGCUUAGUUCAAACAUUUAUAAUUACUUAACUUAAAUUAUGUAUGUACAUCUACUUAACUUAAUUAGAAAUUAUUAUUAUUUUAUAUUUACUUAAAAAUAAUGAAAU